CGUCUUAAGCAGUUUUAAAAUUCCAGGCAAGAAAAUGUCGAAUGACAAGGAUGAAGAAGACGUGUCAAGAGCAUUAAUUUCAUAUUCAGAAGAGUUAGAAAAGGAUCUAAAAGACCUGGGCGUAAAAAAAUUUAAUUAUUCAAAGUUUAAAGGCAUAGAAGAAGUUGGGCACGGAGGAUCAUCUAUUGUUUAUUCAGCAGUUUUUCGAAGGAAAAAAUAUGCACUAAAAAGUUUAGAAAAUAACUUGAGUAUUAAUAGAAGAAGAUUUAAGGAGAUGAAACGUGAGCUUAGACUUCUUUACCAUCUUGAUCAUCCAAGCAUCGUCAAAUUUUAUGGAAUUUCGAUCGAAACUUCUGUUGAAUUUAUAGUAAACAAUCCUGAGAUAGUACCUGAGGAUAGCCAACUAAUGCUAGAAAAUCCCAAAAACUUUCAAAACAAUACAUGUAAAGAAUCUAAAAUUACUGAUUAUAUUUACAGUGAGCCUAGACUUUUAAUUGUUUCACAUUUUUUACCACAUACUAUCGUAAAAGCGGUUGGUGGUUAUAAACUUGAAAAGUCUUCUAAUGGCUUGGUAAACAUACUCAGCGAAUUUGCAAAGUCAAGAAAAUUUAUUUGGUUCGGACGACCAGGUGGAAACGUACCUGAAGAAAGAGAUAAGAUUGCUGCGCAGCUAAAAGAAUCAUCAUAUUAUCCUGUUUUUAUCGAAAAUUAUUUGACUGAACGUCAUGAUAAUUUCUCAAAUUCGACUUUAUGGCCAUUGCUUCAUUAUCGCUUUCCUGGAGAUAAUUUUUUCCGUCAAGAAGAUUGGGAAGCAUAUAAGACUGUUAAUGGUCUUUUUGCAGAUGCUAUUAAUGAAAUAGUUCAAGAUAACGACUUAAUAUGGAUACAUGGUCAUCAUCUUAUGUUUCUACCAGAAAUAUUAAGGAAAAAAAUUAGUAGUAGGAAGUUAAAUGUAAAUAUUGGUUAUUUCUUACACACAUCAUUUCCAAGUAAUGAAGUUUACAGAAUUCUUCCUGUUCGUGAAGAAAUUUUGUCUAGUGUUCUUAAAUCUGAUCUGGUUGGAUUUCAGACGUUAGAUCAUGCUCAACAUUUUCUUUCUUCAUGCACUAGUAUAUUAGGUUUAUUAACUAAACCUAAUAGAGUUUACUAUGAAGAUAGACAUGUGCAUGUUGGCAUAUUUCCAAUUGGAAUUGAUCCAGAAAGAUUCAUUGGAAGCCUAAACGAAGUGGAAGUUCAAAGACAUAUUAGAGACUUGAAAGAAAAAUAUAAAAAUAUAAAAAUUAUUUCAAGCGUAGAUCAAUUGGAUUAUAUAAAAGGUGUUCCGCAAAAGUUACACGCAUUGGAUUUAUUUUUAACUAAACAUCCUGAAUGGAUUGGUGAAGUUAUACUUAUUCAAGUAGUAAAGUCUUCUCGAUGGAAUACUGAGGAGCGUAAUAAUUUACGUCAUAUUGUCAAUGAAUUGGAUGGAGAAAUUAGUGGCAAGUUUAGUUCUUUUAAAUUAUCACCUAUUCAUUUCAUGCAUCAUGAUCUUUCUUUCGAAGAGUUAUUAGCACUAUAUACUGUGUCAGAUGUAUUUAUAGUUUCAUCGUUAAGAGAUGGUAUGAAUCUUUUACCUUAUCAAUACAUUUCAUGUCAAAAAGAAAAUAAUGGGGUGUUGAUCCUUAGUGAAUUUGCUGGCGCUGCUCAAUGUUUGGAUGUAAAUCCUUGGAAUAUAGAUGAAUUUUCUGAUGCUAUUUAUGAAGCUGUUAUAAUGGAUAAAAGAUUGCGUAAAUCUAAUUAUAUAAAACUACGUAAUUACGUUAUGAAUCAUACUAUCUCUUUUUGGGGAAAAAGUUUUAUUGAUGAAUUAAAGUGCAUUAAAGGGUAUUGUUCUCAAAUUACCCCACAUUUGGAAAUUAAUCAAGUUUUAAAAGCUGCAAACACUGCUAAUAAGAGAAUCAUCCUAUUAAAUUAUGAUAGAACAUUAAUCACUCAUAAGUUAACAGAACAAUCAAAUAAUAUAAUUUCUACUCUUAAAGCGCUUCAAAAAAAAUCUAAUACAUAUGUUUAUAUAUUGUCUGGUCAUCGAAAAGUUAAUCUCGAUGAACAAUUUGAAUCAACUGGAGUUGGCUUGUCUGCAGAACAUGGCUGCUUUUACAAACAUCCAAAAUGUUUACAAGAGAAAGUAAAUCCUAUUUUAAAUCGUGAAGGAAAGAUUAUAAUAGAGGAAUAUGAUGACUGGUAUAGACUUGUUGAACAAAUUGAUCCUGCAUUGAAGGAAAUAGUUCUUCAUUUAUUUAAUCAUUACAUGGUAAGAACUCCUGGUGCUUCUAUUGAAGAAAAAGAGAUUGGUAUAAUAUGGCACUAUUGUUCAGGUCCUGAGUUUGAACUCCGAUCUUUGUUUGUCGAUCAAUCAACUGUAGUUCGAGCCAUUUUUAAAGAUUUAAGCAUUACACAAGAUUCCUUUGUGCUUUGUAUUGGUGACGAAAGUCCAGAUGAACCUAUAUUUUCCUUAUUAAAAAAUGAUGAGUUAAAAUCUUUGAAUUGUUUUACGAGUACGGUUGGAAAAAAACAAUCAAAUGCUACGUUUUUCCUUGAAGAUACCCAUGAUCUUCAAAAUUUCUUAGUAAAAUUGGCAUCUGAUUUGUCUGAUUAA